AUGCUGUGCUCACCUUUUCUAAGUCGUGGAUGCACUUCCAAAAAGUUUCUCAUAGUUAUUCUGACAUUAAGUGUGAUUUAUAUAACUCUUCUCAAGAGUUCCACUGAAACCUUUCAUUUAUCCAAUGUAUUGCCAAGCAAAACAUAUUCACAGCGACCAGCUGCUGUAGAAGAGAGUCCUGUAACUGUUAGGGAAGAAGCAGAAUUGGAGAAUGAAAGACAAACGCUGACUUUCCUCAACAUGGACGAAACAACACUUAAGGAAACUAUGAAACCGACUAAGUUGACUGUCGCACCGGAUGGUUUAUGUCCUGAAGUGUCCGAUAUCACCGAUCUCAAGGGCUCUCUUCCACAAGCUGUUCUACUUAUUCAAAAUCUAAAGGAGGGAGAAGUAUCUGCUGUUCAUCCAGAGUUAGCAUCGGGAGGGUCAUGGUCUCCACAAGACUGUAGAGCUAGGUACAAAGUUGCUAUAAUUAUUCCAUUCCGGGACCGCCAGUCUCAUUUGACAAGACUGUUGGCAUUCCUUAUUCCCAUUCUACAGAGACAACGCUUGGACUUCCGUUUCAUUGUUACAGAACAGUACGGAAAUGACCUGUUCAAUAAGGGUAAAAUAAUGAACGCUGCCUUUGUUUUUGCCGAAAAACUGAAUGUUGACUGUGUUAUUUUCCAUGACGUAGAUAUGUUUCCUCAGGACGAUAGGAACCCUUACUCUUGCCCGGAUCAGCCUCGACAUCUUGGGGCGUUCGUUAACAAUCUAGGAUAUCAACUUUGGUAUAAAGAAAUUGUGGGUGGAGUUCUAGCUGUUUCUGUCAAAGAUUAUCGUAAUAUCAAUGGCUAUUCCAAUAUGUAUUGGGCUUGGGGAGGAGAAGAUGAUGACAUGGGAAAGAGGAUUUUAUCGUUGAACUAUACAAUAGAACGGCCGGAUCCCGAAACAGGCAAGUACUCCAUGUUGAAACACGUGAAAAGAAAACGAACUGCUCCUAAACUCAUUUAUCAUUUAUUGGAUAUCGCUGAGCAGAGAGUUUCUACUGAUGGGCUGAAUCAGACAGGCCAAUGGUCCGUUCGAAAGGUUACCAUGAAGCCAUUGUACUAUCAUUUGUAUGUUGAUGUGGGUGCCGUUCCGUCCGAAUGGAAGAAGAGUUCUUAG